ACCAGCACCAAACCCUCAGAAUCCCACCAUGCAACGCUAGUAACGGCGGCUCAUCUCCACAUUUGACCCUGUGUGUGCCAUGAUUAUGAACAAGACAUCCGGGCGGUGUGUAUGGAAGAUGGCGACACUUAUUAUCCCUGGUGAAUGGAUCAGAAACUGGGAGAAGUCUGGAAAACAUGAGUUCAUGCAACUCUGCAAAGACCUUACAGAGAAAAGUGAUCAUGGAAGUCAAAAAUUACAGACUGCCCUAUAUGAGCUCUGCUCGAACGUCAUACAGGGAAACUUGAAAUUGGAUCUUGUCACCAGCGUCCUCGGGGACAUGAUGGACCUCAGAGAAGAUAUGCCAUCCAUUUUAGCAGAUGUUUUCAGUAUAUUAGAUUUAGAGACUGGUUCUCUAGAAGAGAAAAACAAACGAGACCAUUACACUCAGUUGGUGGGAUCGUGUUUGAGUCUGAUACCUGAAGCCAUCUUGAAGGAGAGACUGGAUCCCGAGACACUAGAAUCUCUGGGAUUGAUUAAACAAGCUCAUCAGUUUAAUCAGAAGAUUGUAAAAAUCAAGACUAAACUUUUUUACAAGCAACAGAAGUUCAACUUGCUACGAGAGGAGAACGAAGGUUACGCUAAAUUAAUAACUGAGCUCGGCCAAGACCUGUCAGGCAACGUCACCAGCCACCUCGUCCUGGAGAACAUCAAGUCUCUCAUAGGCUGUUUCAACUUGGACCCUAACCGGGUUUUGGACAUCAUCCUUGAGGUUUAUGAGAGUCGCUCAGAUCAAGACGAGUUUUUCUUGUCGCUCAUUAAGUCCUACAUGUGUGAGCCACUCACACUCUGCCACAUUUUGGGCUUCAAGUUUAAAUUCUACCAGGAGCCCAAUGAGGAAACCCCAAAGUCACUUUACCACAUUGCUGCUGCACUGCUCCACCACAAUCUAAUAGAGUUGGAAGACCUUUAUGUACAUCUGAUGCCAUUAGAUGCCACUAUUAUUGAAGAACACAAGCGGGAAAUCUCAGAGGCCAAGCAGAUCGCUCGGAAACUGGUGAUGGUGGUGCUUCCCUCAGACAAAAGUGAAGACAGAGAGAAGGAGAAAGAGAAAGAAGAGGAGAAACUGGAAAAGCCACCUGAUAAUCAAAAGCUUGGUCUCCUGGAGGCACUACUUAAAAUUGGAGACUGGCAACACGCCCAGAGUAUUAUGGACCAGAUGCCCUCCUUUUCUUCUGCUUCUCACAAAACCAUCGCACUGGCACUCUGCCAGCUCGUCCACCUAACUGUGGAGCCUCUUUACCGAAGGGUUGGCGUCCCCAAAGGGGCGCGGGGGUGUGCCAUGCACGCUCUGAGGAACAGUCGGGCUCCCCGGCCGGCAGAGAGUUUUGAAGAUCUGCGCAAGGACACGUUCAGCAUGCUCUCCUACUUGGGCCCCCACCUCUCUCAUGACCCCAUCCUGUUUGCAAAGAUCGUGCGCCUGGGAAAGGCUUUCAUGAAGGAGUACCAAAGUGAUGGCAGACCUGAGGUCAAAGACAAGAUGGAAAUAUUGCUGAGUUGUUUCCUGAGCAUUGCAGACCAGGUGCUGCUGCCCUCCCUCUCUUUGAUGGAGUGCAAUGCUUGUAUGUCAGAGGAACUCUGGGGUCUCUUCAAGCUCUUUCCCUAUCAUCACAGGUACCGGCUGUACGGGCAGUGGAAGAAUGAGACGUAUUCCAGCCAUCCGCUGUUGGUAAAAGUCAAAGCUCAGACUGUGGAAAGAGCAAAGUAUAUUAUGAAGCGUUUGACCAAAGAGAAUGUGAAACAAUCUGGAAGGCAGAUUGGCAAACUGAGCCACAGCAAUCCCACCAUCCUGUUUGAUUAUAUGUUGUCUCAAAUUCAAUGGUACGACAACCUCAUCGUUCCUGUGGUGGAUUCCUUGAAAUACCUCACAUCCCUCAACUAUGAUGUGCUGGCCUAUUGCAUCAUCGAGGCCCUGGCCAAUCCAGAGAAGGAGAAGAUGAAGCAUGACGACACUACCAUCUCCUCGUGGCUCCAGAGUCUGGCAAGUCUGUGUGGAGCCGUGUUCAGAAAAUACCCAAUUGAGUUGGGGGGUCUCCUUCAGUAUGUCACCAACCAGCUGAAAGCAGGGAAGAGCUUUGACCUCCUGAUUCUGAAGGAAGUUGUGCAGAAGAUGGCCGGCAUUGAGAUUACAGAUGAGAUGACCUCAGAACAGUUAGAGGCCAUGACAGGAGGAGAACAGCUCAAAGCAGAGGGGGGUUACUUUGGUCAGAUCAGAAACACCAAAAAGUCUUCACAGCGUCUGAAGGAUGCACUUCUGGACCACGAACUGGCUCUUCCACUGUGUUUGCUCAUGGCUCAGCAACGAAACGGUGUUGUUUUCUUAGAGGGGGGAGAGAAACACCUUAAACUUGUAGGACAUCUUUAUGAUCAGUGCCAUGACACACUGGUGCAGUUUGGUGGCUUUUUGGCGUCGAACCUCAGCACAGAGGAUUACAUCAAACGAGUUCCCUCCAUCGAUGUUCUCUGUAACCAGUUUCACACUCCUCAUGACGCCGCCUUCUUUCUUUCUCGGCCAAUGUACGCCCAUCAGAUUUUGUCCAAGUACGACGAGUUGAAGAAAGCAGAAAAAGGGAACCGGCAGCAGCAGAAGGUGCACAAAUACAUGUCAGCCUGUGAGCAGGUCAUGACACCGGUGCAUGAGGCGGUGGUUUCCCUGCACCCUCCCCGGGUCUGGGAUGAUCUCCGCCCUCAGUUCUAUGCCACAUUCUGGUCUCUCACCAUGUACGACUUGGCCGUGCCGCAUUCUGCCUACGACCGGGAGGUCAACAAGCUCAAAGUUCAGAUUAAAGCCAUCGAGGAUAACUCUGAGAUUCCCCUAAAUAAGAAAAAGAAGGAGAAGGAGCGCUGCACAGCUCUGCAGGAAAAACUACAGGAAGAGGAGAAGAAGCAGAUGGAUCACGUCCAAAGAGUUCUGCACCGCCUCAAACUGGAGAAAGACAACUGGUUGUUAGCAAAAUCCACAAAGAACGAGACCAUCACUAAGUUCCUGCAGCUUUGUCUGUUCCCUCGCUGCAUCUUCUCUUCCAUUGACGCCGUGUACUGUGCCCGCUUUGUGGAGCUGGUCCACCAGCAGAAGACCCCCAACUUUUGUACUCUUCUUUGUUAUGACAGAGUUUUCUCUGCCAUCAUUUACACUGUGGCCAGCUGUACAGAGAACGAGUCGCAUCGUUACGGACGCUUCCUCUGCUGCAUGUUGGAGACGGUGACAAGGUGGCACAGCAAUCGCGCCACAUAUGAGAAGGAGUGUGUCAACUACCCUGGCUUCCUGACCAUCUUCAGAGCUACAGGCUUUGAUGGGGGGAACAAAGCGGACCAGCUGGAUUACGAGAACUUCAGGCAUGUGGUGCACAAGUGGCACUACAUGCUGACUAAAGCUUCCGUUCACUGCCUGGAGACCGGAGAUUACACCCACAUCCGGAACAUUCUGAUAGUUCUCACCAAGAUCCUGCCCUGCUACCCAAAAGUCCUGAACCUCGGCCAAGCGCUGGAGUGCCGGGUCCACAAGAUCUGCCUCGAGGAGAAGGAUAAGAGACCAGACCUCUAUGCCUUAGCAAUGGGUUAUUCAGGUCGGUUGAAAAGCCAGAAGGUACACAUGGUUCCUGAAAAUGAGUUUCACCACAAGGAUCAGCAAGCCCGCAGUGCCACGCCUGCAAGCCAGCAGAAUGGUCCUGGCAGCGCCGGGAAACCUGCCGCCAGCUCCAUCAAGACCGAGGAGGGGCCGAUGGAGGACGGUGAUCGGGGGAAAGAUAAAUCUCAGGGGAUUGUAAAGCCAGUGAACAAAGCCAACAAUGCAGCAGCUAAAGUGGCCACCAGCAACGGGAACGGUGCUGUCAACAGCACCAAAGCCGUCAAAGAGCGGGACGAGAAAGAAAAGAGUGGGAAGGAGAAGAAAGAAAAGAAAGAAAAGGCAUUAGGCAGCACUCCAGAAAACAAGGCGGAGAACCGCAGAGAGAAGCAGAGAGACGAAAGGUUAGGCAAGGAGGAGCGAGUGGCUCGCGAGGGUAAGGAGAAGACCCCCAAGACAGACCGGGAGAAAGUGAAGCCAGAAGAGAAGAUCAACAAAGACGACAAGGUCAAAGCUGGAAACGGGGACGCCACGGAGCUGUCCAGGGAGCGAGACGUCAUCAAGGAGUCCAAGAGCAAGGAGAAAGGAGACAGGAGCGCUGCAGCUGCAACCCUCAAGUCACCAACUCCCAGAUCUGACUCUGUUGAAUCUGAGCGGGAUCAUAAAAGACGAAAGAUCGACAGCCACUCUUCCCCAUCCCACUCUUCAUCUGCUAAGCCUAGCUCUCGAAGGUCAGAGGUCAAGAGAGGAGUAUGCUGUCGGUCCGGCCAGCCUCGACUCCCCUCUCCCCCACACCCCCUUCUUCCAACUCUCUACUGCUGUCUGACAACCUCCUCCCAAAUCCCCACCCCCUCCCAGCUCAUCUGUCAUCUCCAUUCAUCCUUACAGGACAAUAGCAACGAACCCAAGGAGUCCGCACCCAAGCACCACAUCAACUUUAAUUCAGUUGACCGGUCCAAGAGCAGAGAGAGGGAAACGGAGAAGAAAGAAACAGAGAACGCUCAAGGCCGACCCAAAGAGAAGAAAGAAGAAAAAGAGCGGAAGGACAGGAAAAGAGAUCACAUCAUCAACGAUCAUGAGAUGAACCUGGAAUCCAAACGCAGGAAGGAGGAGAACGAUUCCUCCAAAAACGGCAAAAGCACAAGUCCUACCUGCGACUCGCCGCUGUCAGUGGAAAAAGAGAAGAGCAAACGAUCCAAGUCGUCCAGCAAAGAGAAGGCAGAAUCCAUGAAACCCGAGCGGACGUCCUCCGGAGGCAAAAAGGAGUCCAGACACGACAAAGACAAGUCUGAAAAGAAAGAGAAGAGGGACAGCAGUGGAGGAAAGGAAGACAAAAAGCAUCAUAAAUCCUGUGACAAGCACAGAUAAUGUGCACUAGUCAGUUGAGGUAAGAACCAUCGGGCUUCUCUCUGGGCUCUAAAAACAGCCCCGCGAGUCGUACCUGAUCUAUUUUUCUGUCCUCUGGGAUCCACGUGUGCUUCAGCAGAACUGGAGAAGCUGCGCUUUUAUCCACAAAGACAUCUGCGACUCCCUUCUUUAGCUGUUGUAGCUUUUAUUGUUUUGUUUUGUAAGCUCCACGCCUUUUAUUUUGACCAUUUCAAACAGGAAGCCAACUGAAAUACUGAUAUCUUCUGUUCCUAUUCCAAACGGGCGCGUUGUGCUGCUGUGAUCACAGUGUUUUCUUCUUUCUGUCAUUGUGGUUACUGGAUGAAAUGGUUUCUUUGUAGCACCUGGUCAUGGAAUCAAAAAUAUUCUUUUUGUAUUUUUUUUUUUGCUUGUUUUAUUGGAUUUAACAUGCUUUCCAUACUCACUUACCUCAUGUCCUUUUGAGACGCAUUUUAUUUAUUUAGCUCCCUUUUAAUCACACAGGAAGUGUAAGUGAGAUAAAACAAAACAAAGGACCAGUUUGUAUAUUAUGUACAAUAAUAAAGAGUAACAUGAAAUGAAAGUCAUGUUAUUUCUUUUUUUUUUCUCCUUCGAUGUCUCAUACUGUCCUGUGAUAUUUUCCUUUUCUGUUAAUCAGGUUUUUACAUAAUUUAUCUGUCAGUUCAACCUUGAUUCAGAUGUAGAAUUGUAAAGAAAAACUGCUCAAAAAAUUCUGAUGCUCUGUAUUCCAAAUACACCUGUUUGAAAAAAAAAAACUUUGGAGAUUUUAUCUGCUGUACUCGAGUGUAUGCUUUUCUUUUUUUAAAAAAAGUCAACUUAAUAAAUGCUAGUUUUCAUAGUGUGGAACUUUGA